ACGAGUAUUCUUUUGCGUUUUUAGGUAAUUCAGUCGAGGGGGGCAAAAAUUCUCAAGGAAUCCAAUGACGCGCGCGACGCCUUUUCAGUACCACGGACAGUUCCACGCGCGCACAGCGUCUCAGAGGCGCGCGCUCAACGCAAACUUCACCCGCUGAAUAAAACCUGGAUUCCACUGCUGGAAUUCAGCCAUACAUUGUAAAUGCAACAUUAGAGCAAUACAAAACUGUCACCAAGGAUACGAAGAAAAAUACACGGACUUAUAACCGGAUGUCUUCAAGUAGAUCCGCUCGGAAUCUGUCGAUCAGAGGUGAACUGGACAGGUCAGGUCUCAGUGAUCCAGCAAAGUGGAGAUGCCUCUGUGAGCGCGCGGCAAAGCUGCGUUAUCACCACAAUUGCAUAUUCUGAUCAAGCAGGAGAUGGCGAUGAUGUUUGAGUUUGGCUACAACUGCUUGCAUGCACACUGAAGUGUCUGAAGUCUUCCCUUAGCACAGCUUGAGCACCAUCCCUUUCCAACACAUAAGAGGACCAAAGAUUGUCAUAAGAUUGACCUGCAAAGCGCCCAGAUCUUUGCGCACCAUGGCUCAGAGGUCCACUCAUUUCGGAGGUCACGGUCCCUCCUGGCCGCUUCAUCUCACUCUACUGCUGCUUCUAUUGGCCAGGACACCCCAGGCUUUGGCUAUCCCAGGUUACAACACUGACAUCACCAAGAAGGAGAUCAUAAUCGAGGGGGAUCUGGUGAUUGGAGGCCUGUUUCCUGUUCAUCAAAAGGGGGAGGGGGCUCAGGACUGUGGCCGUAUCAAUGCACAGAGAGGGAUUCAGAGACUGGAGGCAAUGCUGCUAGCCCUGGACGAGAUCAAUCAAGAUGAUCAGAUUUUGCCCGGGGUAACGUUAGGUGCCCACAUUCUGGACACUUGCUCUAAGGACACGUACGCACUGGAGCAGUCGCUUGAAUUUGUGCGCGCUUCGCUAACGAAAGUGGACGAUAGUGAGUACACAUGCCCGGAUGGAUCCUACGCCAUCCAUGAUGAUGUUCCGCUCGCAAUCUCUGGAGUGAUUGGAGGCUCCUACAGUGAUGUAUCCAUACAGGUGGCCAAUCUCCUGCGUCUUUUCCAGAUUCCUCAGAUCAGUUAUGCCUCCACCAGUGCGAAACUGAGUGACAAAUCCCGUUAUGAUUACUUUGCCCGGACUGUACCCCCAGACUUCUACCAAGCCAAAGCCAUUGCUGAGAUCCUACGCUAUUUCAACUGGACUUACGUCUCCACCGUUGCCUCAGAGGGCGAUUACGGCGAGACGGGUAUCGACGCCUUUCAGCAAGAGGCCCGAGCUUUGCAAAUCUGCAUCGCUACGUCCGCCAAGGUCAGUCGUUCCAUGGACCGCUUCAGUUACGAUGGAGUAAUCAGGUCUCUGUUGCAGAAGUCCAACGCUAAAGUAGUAAUCCUCUUCACCAGAAGUGAAGACGCAAGAGAGCUCUUGGUUGCAGCGAAGCGCAUGAACGUCUCCUUCAUCUGGGUGGCCAGCGAUGGCUGGGGGGCGCAGGAGAGUGUGGUGAGAGGGAGCGAGAAUGUAGCGGAUGGAGCUUUCACCAUUGAGCUGGCGUCCUAUCCGAUCCCUGAAUUCGCGACGUACUUCACUAACCUCAAUCCUUACAACAACACACGUAACCCCUGGUUCAGAGAGUUCUGGGAAAACCGCUUUCAGUGUAGCCUGCACGACAUUAAUUGUGGGAAAUAUUCUCUCCGGGAUGGUAAAUUCGAGCAGGAGUCCAAGAUCAUGUUUGUGGUCAAUGCUGUCUACGCUAUGGCCCAUGCCCUUCACAACAUGAGACAAGCACUGUGCUCAAAUACCACCAAACUCUGCAGUGCCCUGAAACCAGUGAAUGGAAAAAAGCUGUACAAGGACUACAUCCUGAAGACAAAUUUUGACUCUCCAUUUCGCCCCGCAGAUACAGAGAACAAUGUUCACUUUGAUGCUUAUGGAGACAGUCUGGGCCGCUACAACAUCUUCCAUUAUCACAAAGAGAAUGAUGGCUAUGUCUAUAGGAAAGUGGGAUAUUGGGCUCGGGAUUUAAGUCUGAACACAAGCUUGAUUCCUUGGGAAAGCCAAGUGGUGCCCACAUCCCAAUGCAGUGACCCAUGUAGGAAAAACGAAAUAAAGAGCAUGCAGCCCGGUGACGUUUGCUGUUGGAUUUGCAUUCCCUGCCAGUCCUACCAGUACCUCCUCGACGAAUUCACCUGUGCGGAUUGUGGCUUCGGACUAUGGCCUCUGGACAAUCUCACGGGCUGCUACAACUUACCAGAAGAGUACAUUCAUUGGGAGGACGCUUGGGCUAUUGGCCCGGUCACCAUCUCUUGCCUUGGCAUGCUCUGCACACUCUUUGUCAUCGGCCUCUUCAUAAAGAACAAUGAGACACCGGUGGUGAAAGCAAGCGGACGUGAACUUUCCUAUAUUCUUCUGCUAGGUGUCCUCCUUUGCUAUUGCAUGACCUUCAUCUACAUCAGCAAACCCUCUGCCGUAGUGUGCACGUUACGGCGGCUCGGCCUGGGCACUUCCUUCGCCGUUUGCUACUCUGCGUUGCUGACCAAGACCAACCGCAUCGCUCGGAUUUUCAACGGCGUUAAAGAUGGAGCUCAAAGGCCGAGGUUCAUCAGUCCAGCUUCACAGGUGGCCAUCUGUGCUGGUCUGAUUUCUUGUCAGCUCCUGGUGGUUGUGGUCUGGCUUCUGGUUGAGGCUCCAGGGGUGAGAAAGGAGGUCAGUCCUGAAAGAAGAGACGUGGUGACAUUGAAGUGCAACAGCAAGGAUUCUAGCAUGCUGAUGUCUUUAACCUACAACUGUGUCCUCAUCAUCCUCUGUACAUUUUACGCCUUUAAGACUCGAAAGUGCCCAGAGAACUUCAAUGAAGCCAAGUUCAUCGGCUUCACCAUGUACACCACGUGCAUAAUCUGGCUGGCUUUCCAGCCAAUCUUCUAUGUUACUGCCAGUGACUAUAGGGUACAGACCACUACCAUGUGCAUCUCUGUGAGUCUGAGUGGUUCAGUGGUGCUGGGAUGCCUCUUCGCUCCCAAGAUCCACAUCAUCCUCUUCCAGCCCCAGAAGAACGUCAGCACGCUCAGAGUGGCCACCACUCGAUUCAGUGUGACCACUGGCCCUGGCUCCAGCUUCUCUCAAGCCUCGGCCUCCAACGUCGUGCCUACAGUAUGUAAUGGCAGAGAGGUAGUGGACUCAACAACAUCGUCACUCUGAGAAACAGCAUUCCUGUUUGUUUGCCAAAUGCAGUAUGCAGAUAAAUCUUAUCUUCACUAGUCAUGAAAUCAAGUGUUUGCUAAUGUUGAGGAGGCUAUUCGGAAUAAAGAAUGCCUGUUAUGUUGUUCUCAACGUGCUGUGAGUACAAUAUCCCAUUUUGUUUCUCUCUCUCUCUCUCUCUCUCUCUCUCUCUCUCUCUCUCUCUCUCUCUCUCUCUCUCUCUCUCUCUCUCUCUCUGACUAGUUAGAUGAUAUCAGUGGGAUGCCAGUUUAAACUCUGUAUACCUGUUCUUUUUAUGGAAACCAUAAUAAAGUAUUGUUUGAGAUGGAGUUAAGAUAUAGUAAAUCUGUUUAAAGUAUUAUAUACAAGAUGUUUUUAAUGUAGAUUUAUGGUGAUUCUGGUUUGUGCUUUCUUGUAAUUUAUGUAAAUAAAAUGUGUUUUAUAUGAAUACAAGCUCUCCUUGUCGUUU